ACAAAGGAAAAAGAGGACCCAAUUAGAUUGGAAGCAGGCGCCAAUUUCAAUCCUGGAUAAGGUUCUUCCUUUCUGUCUUUCUCUCAACUCAAAAGCUUGUGGCUCUCAAAGAAACUCCCUUUCUCUCUUCUUCAGUACUCAUAUACCAGUCCCCUGUUGAGGGAGAGAGAGGGAGGAAGCGAAACGAUUCUAAUAAAUCCCAAAAACAAUGGCCACUUUGCAAACUUCUCUUCUUUAUAAGCCUCCCUUACUUUCUCCGGUUUCUUUUUCUUCCUCUUCACUGAAACGUUUUCAGUUACAUUCUUGUUAUGUUGCUUAUUUCAGUCAUAACCCAAUUUUCCUUUCUCAUUCUUUUCACUUUUCACCCCCGGACUUUCGAAAAUUUAGAUUUUCGGCCCGGACUUGGUCGGUUUCUUGCACAUUGCAACCGGAGAAUACAAAUUUGAGCCAAGAAGCGAGUGCCCGCGAUUUGUCUUCGGUUUCGGAGAUGGAAGAAUCCAAGUGUUCGAGUUUAAAUGGGGAGGGUUCGAUUUUAGAAUCGAAAACUGAAGAAAUUGGCAAAAGUUCGGGGAUUGAGGUGGAGAGCGAGGUUUCUGGAUUGGGUUUGGAGAAUGGGGAAUUGGGUUGGGGUGAAAGUAGCGACAAUGUGGUCGCAAGUGAGGGAAAGUCUGAGAUUUUGGUGGGAAAAGAGGGAGAGAAGAGUCGGUUUCCAUUAGUGGUGUUUUUGGUGGGCUUAUGGGCGAGUGUAAGAAAGUGGUUUGAGAAGGUGAUGGUGUGGGAUUGGUUGAGUUGGUGGCCUUUUUUGCGACAGGAGAAGCGGUUGGAGCGUUUGAUUGCGGAGGCAGAUGCUAAUCCUAAGGACGCAGCAAAGCAGAGUGCACUAUUAGCUGAGCUCAACAAGCAGAGUCCCGAGUCUGUUAUCAAGCGGUUCGAACAAAGGGAUCAUGCUGUAGACAGUAGGGGAGUAGCUGAGUAUCUUCGAGCUCUUGUGGUUACAAAUGCCAUUGCUGAAUAUCUUGGAGAUGAAGAAUCAGGAAAACCUUCUAGUCUUCCUUCAUUGUUGCAAGAGCUGAAGCAGCGGGCUUCAGGCAAUGUAGACGAGUCUUUUGUCAAUCCUGGAAUAAAUGACAAGCAGCCCUUGCAUGUAGUGAUGGUUGAACCAAAAGUUUCAAACAAAUCACGUUUUGCUCAAGAACUAAUCUCAACAAUUUUAUUCACUGUUGCUGUCGGAUUAGUAUGGUUUAUGGGUGCUUCUGCACUUCAAAAGUACAUAGGGAGCUUAGGUGGUAUUGGAACCUCAGGUGUUGGCUCAAGCUCCUCCUAUGCCCCAAAAGAAUUAAACAAGGAAAUUAUUCCAGAAAAGAAUGUAAAAACAUUUAAGGAUGUUAAAGGUUGUGACGAUGCAAAGCAAGAGCUCGAGGAGGUGGUGGAGUAUCUCAAGAACCCAACAAAAUUUACUCGCCUUGGGGGCAAGUUGCCAAAGGGAAUUCUUUUAACAGGAGCACCGGGAACUGGAAAGACUCUACUUGCCAAGGCAAUAGCUGGAGAAGCUGGAGUGCCUUUUUUCUAUAGGGCCGGGUCUGAAUUUGAGGAAAUGUUUGUCGGAGUUGGUGCUAGGCGUGUGAGAUCUUUAUUCCAAGCAGCAAAGAAAAAGGCACCUUGCAUCAUAUUCAUUGAUGAAAUAGAUGCUGUUGGUUCUACACGGAAACAAUGGGAAGGGCAUACAAAGAAAACGUUGCAUCAACUUCUUGUGGAAAUGGAUGGUUUCGAGCAGAAUGAGGGAAUAAUUUUAAUGGCUGCAACAAACUUGCCUGAUAUUCUUGAUCCAGCUUUAACGAGGCCUGGUAGAUUUGACAGGCAUAUUGUUGUUCCAAAUCCUGAUGUUCGAGGCCGCCAAGAGAUAUUGGAGCUUUAUCUACAGGAUAAACCAUUGGCUGAAGACAUAGAUGUUAAAGCAAUUGCUCGUGGUACACCAGGAUUUAAUGGGGCUGAUCUUGCAAACUUAGUAAACAUUGCUGCCAUUAAAGCGGCUGUUGAAGGUGCUGACAAGCUGACUGCUUCACAGUUGGAGUUUGCAAAGGACAGGAUAAUAAUGGGUACAGAGCGGAAAACAAUGUUUUUAUCUGAAGAGGGAAAGAAGCUUACAGCAUAUCAUGAAAGUGGACAUGCAAUUGUUGCAUUCAACACUGAGGGUGCUCAUCCAAUUCACAAGGCUACAAUAAUGCCACGUGGGUCUGCUCUAGGAAUGGUUACUCAGCUCCCAUCUGGUGAUGAGACAUCAAUUAGCAAGAAGCAGUUACUGGCCCGUCUAGAUGUCUGCAUGGGAGGAAGAGUUGCGGAGGAACUUAUUUUUGGUCGAGACCAUGUAACAACUGGUGCAAGCAGUGAUCUACAAACUGCCACAGAGCUUGCUCAUUAUAUGGUAUCAAAUUGCGGGAUGAGCGAUAUUAUUGGACCAAUUCAUAUAAAAGAACGACCGAGUUCAGAUAUGCAAUCGCGUGUUGAUGCCGAAGUGGUGAAGUUGUUAAGAGAAGCAUAUGAUCGUGUAAAAGCCCUUUUAAAGAAGGUUUGUUCCACUGCUCAUAUUUUCGAAAGCCCUUUUAAUAGGCAUACUGAUUACUUUUCCCUCUUAGAGAUAAUAUGGCUAGGUUCUGAUACUAGCUAUACUAGUAGUAAAACUUCCCUUUACAAGAUCGUGUUUUUUUUUUUAUACUACAAAAUGUUAAUUUCUUGUGAUAUGUUCUUAGCAUGAGAAGGCAUUACAUGCACUGGCAAUUGCACUGCUAGAGUACGAGACUCUUAGUGCAGAGGACAUUAAGCGCAUCCUUCUCCCUUAUCGAGAAGGACAGUUGCCCGAACCUCAACAGGAAGAGCAACAAGAAGAAGGGGAUCUUGUAUUGGUCUGAAUAUUCAUCUUCUGGGUCUCUAGUUUAGUCUGAGCAUUGGGGAAGUUAUGUACAGUACAGUGUCGCUAAAGCAUUUCAGUUUAUUAAUUUAAUCCUUAUGAUUCAUUUCCUCACUUGGCCAGAUCUCAUCAGGUUUCCCUUUGUACUAUAUAGGAAAGUCUAUUUAUACCCUCAACUUAAUUAAAUACCAAACUAAAGUCCUAUAAUACAGUAGGCCUCUCAGAACUUCAUAUAUAUGAUUUCAAAAUCAUGUAUUUCUUUGACCUUUAAUCCCAUUUUAUGGGUAAAUUUUUGAUAAAUGCACUAUUAUAAUUCAUUAUUUGAUGAAAAGAAGUAAUCACAUAAUUCACAGAACUCUCAUUCUAUUAUCA